CUGUCACCACUUAGCACCUCUCUGCAACCCCCGGGGCUAAAGCAAAAGCGAAAGCAAAUGCUCCUGGCUGCCGGCUGGUCGGGGAGCUGAGCUCGGCACCUCCAAAGGGACCUCAGCCUUGCGUCCUGGUGGGUCACUGCGAGGGACAAUCGGCCAUGGCCUCGCCGCAGCUCCGAGGCUGUGGAGUCCACGCCCUCCCGGUGUUGCUGCUGCUACUGCUGUUGCUCCCGUUGCGGGUGACGCCGGGCACCACAUGUCCAACCCCAGUAGCUGUUGAACAUGCAGACAUCCGGGUCAAGAAUUACAAUCUGAACUCCAGGGAGAGGUACGUCUGUAAUGCUGGUUUCAAGCGGAAAGCCGGCACAUCCACCCUGACCGAGUGUGUGAUGAACAGGAACACAAACGUCGCCCACUGGACAACUCCUAACCUCAAGUGCAUCCGAGACCCAUCCCUGGCUCAUCAGAGUCCAGUGCCGCCUUCCACAGUAGUGAUGACAAAGGUGACUCCACAGCCGGAGAGCCCCUCCCCUCCUGAAAAAGAGCCAGAAGCUUUACCUCCCAAAUCAGAUACCACAGUGGCCACAGAUACAGCUCUUGUGCCUGGCUCCAGGCUGCUACCAGCCCAACCAACUUCUGCAGGAACCACAGGGACAGGCAGUCACGGGUCCUCCCGAGCCCCAUCGCUUCCAACAACAAUGACCUUGGAGCCUACAGCCUCCACCUCCCUCGGGAUAACAGGGAUGUCUCCAUACAGUUCCAAAACAACCAAAGUGGCCAUCUCCACAUCGGUCCUUCUGGUUGGAGCAGGUGUUGUGGUGGUUUUCCUGGCCUGGUACAUCAGAUCAAGGCAAACUUCCCAGCCACGUGGUGCUGAGGUGGAAACCAUGGAAGCAGUGCCAAUGACCAUGAGGACCAGCAGCAAUGAGGAAGACAUGGGAGCCUAACCGUAUGACCUCAGAGACUCGGGGAAACCUGCCCAGCUGAGUCUGAAGGGAAGAUGAGAAGGCAGCUCUGUGUUAGCUAAGGAGCACCUGAACACCGGGAGCUGGGGACCAGGAGCAGGCCUCCUGUGGUGCCUU